UGUUAGCCUCACAAGAUUUAGGCCUUGGGGCUAUUGAAAAACCGAAUAUAGAAACGAGAGUCAAACAUAUUUUAGAAAUGAACAUGUAGAUGAACGUACCCGUUGCUUUAUAUAGUGAGAAAGCUCUAUAAUUGCAUCUAUGGCGAUACAAAAGGACGUCGAUCCCCGAGGAUUUCUUCUCAACGAUUACGAUAUCGGCGUCGACCAUCUUGGAGAAUCAACGUUUGCAGAUGCUAUAGCGGAAAGCAUACAUCAAGUCGAAUCUCCUAUAACUAUCGGUCUAUUUGCGAAAUGGGGAAGUGGAAAAUCAUUCUUAUUGCGACAUCUCGAAAGCAUUUUAAAAAGAUAUCAAAGACAAAGUAUCGUAGACGAAAAGAAAAAGAAACGAUAUCCCGAGGAUGGGAAAGUGAAAUGUUCAACCAUAUUGUCCGCCAUGAUAUGGCUGUUCUGCAUUCUAGUGGCAUUUUUCUUCAUACUGUUCACUGUGUUAUCAGCCGCUAAGCCUGAAUUGGUAGCCACAAUAUUGGGAAUUGAAAAUUUACUCUCACGAAAUUAUGAAACAGUCACAACCCCUGCUGUAAACUCUACAACAGCAAAUCCUGCUGAGGUAGUACCUCCACACUAUUUACAAACUUUGAAAAUAAUCGGACUUGUGCUGAUUCCUAUUGAAACUUUAAUUGUAUUUCUCGUUGCUUGCUGUGGAAAAAGCUGGCUUUCCCUUCAUUACUACGGGAGUUGUAGACUAUUAACCUAUGGCGCUUUCACAAAACUUCCGGUGCGAAAAACGAACACAGAUAUCGUAGAAGAUCCUGGACAAGAACCGGCACACGUACUCAAACAUAUACGUCCCGAAGAUAGAAGACUAGUGAUGGCUGCUUCGGAAUCUGAAGUGUUUUCAAGGCGUUAUAUCUUUGUCGACUUCAAAGCUUGGGAAUACGCUGGUAGCGAUACGUUAUGGGCGGGAAUAAUCACCAACAUAACUGACGCCAUUGAAGCAGAGUUUGGAAUUAUAACGGCGAGAAUGUUUAGAAUGCUUACGAUCGAAGAAAUUCCCAAAAACGUGUUAGAGACUGGAAACAGGAUUCUUUAUGUCAAACUUGGCAACGGGUCUAAUAUAGAUGAAGUUUUAGACAUGAUGAAACAAUACGGUGUGGUGGAAGACUGCGUAAGAAUUGCCGGCCGCCCGGGGCAGAAAUAUUGGAAAGUAACUUACUCGAGUGAAGGCGAACUCCGGGUAGCAAAAGAAUGUUUGAAAAUAGAAGGAUUGGAGGCUACUGAUGUCGAUCCGACGGUGGGUGAAAGCACGCCUCCAAAUUAUCGUCGCAACGAGCAGGGUCGGGAAAGUAAACGAAAGUUACUCAAAAAACGCGACGAUGUUGAAUUGAAAACUUUCAAAACUAACUCAGAGAACAAAGAGAACGACCGCGAUAUUAUUGAACGAUUUACGCUUCCUCCCAAAACCUGUUGCUGUAAUCGAUUUUGUUCCCACUUUUUGAAAUAUCCCAUUAAGCUCUGUGGCUUACCUCGUCUUGUUUGGUGGAUUUUGAUUGUCGUUUGCAGCAUUUUGAUUCCAGUUACUGCUUACAUUAUGGCAGAUUAUCUUCAAUUAGAUGUCUAUAGGACCUUUCGUAUUGUACCGGUGAUGGGUCAGAUUCUUCUUUGGAUGCCUGCUGGAAUCGCAGUUAUCUCCUUGGUUUUCAGAUUCAUAUGGGCAAUGUGUCACUCACAACGAAAAAGAAUUAAUGAAGCGCUGGAUGGAACUAAAACCAAAAUGGCGGAGCAACUUGGGUUCAUGAAUAAAGUUAAAACAGAGGUGGAAGUAAUCACCAAAUUAAUUCAAUGUGCUCGUUUCACACACCAAAAAGAUUACAAGAUUGUCAUAACGAUCGAUGACUUGGAUCGUGUGCCUUUGAAAAAGGUACAAGCAGUUCUUGAAGCCGUCAGUAUUUUACUCAGUGAUAAAUCUGCUCCGUUCAUAUGUUUGAUUGCCGUAGACCCAAGAAUUGUUGUCAAAUGUAUAGAGGAAGGAAUGGGAGAAGUCCUCAAACAAGCUAAAGUUACAGGACAUGAGUACCUGAAGAAGAUUAUAAAUCUCCCGAUAUGCUUACCCGAAAUUAGCGAUUGUGACAAAAAGCGUUUCAUUGCCGGACUCAUAGAUCAAGCUGAUCGCACAAUUUCAUACAGAAUAGAAGAUGAACGAGCGAAAAAGCGAGCUGUUGGUUUUCGUAAUGGAAACAUAACAGCGGUCGACAGCGCAGAGCCAAUAGACACAACUGAUAAUUAUAACCAAGCAAACGAAGACCAGAUCGAUUCUAAUCCAGAUAUCAUCAUACAUGAUGUAAAAAAUUGUUCCAAUCCGACCGACCAUCCGGCCAAUAUAAUUUCCGCCGUGGUAUCAAUAAGAGGAGUUGAUGCAAGAAGACGAGGAGUUCCGUGCGAACCUAUUGUGGAACUGGAUCACAAAAGCUUUUUGUUUCAUUGCAGAAACUUUAUUUUCAACGAUGAAGACUUGCAUAAACAUUUACAGGGAAAUCCUCGGAACAUUAAACGUCUGUUUAAUGUCAUCUCUCUCACAGCUAGAAUCAUGAACUGUUUUCAUAAAAAGGAAAAGCGUACAAGAUUUAUUCAUUCACAUAUCAACGAUAACACUCAUAAUGGACCUUUUCUUGAUGACAACCGACUCGUUCGCACUCAACAAGGUGCGGAGGACUUAGUUCGUUGGAUUGUACUUGCUGACCAAUGGCCGUACAGAACAAGUUAUAUCUUGCAAGUUAUUGAAGAUGCAGAUCAACGAGGAAGUGCUGGAAUUGAGCAAGAAAAGAUACCAGAUGAUUGGACGAUUUUUGAGAUAUUCCAAAACAAAGUGCAAAAUGAAUACGAAAAGGGUGAAUCGUUGUUAAGUCUCGAUGGUGACCCGGAUAUAUUCUACAGUUACAUUCAAUUGCUCAGGGAUUGCGGCUUCACAAAAUCAAGGAUCAAACGUCUUGAAAGAUACACUGUAAAUUUGGAUUAUAGCUUACGACAUACAAUAGCAUUCUAUCGAGACUUGUCUUGCAUGAACCCAAAUGAAAGUAAAACGCCUGUUCAACCAGACGAUGACAACGAAAAAGAAAAUAAAAAUGCAGCGACUAAAAAUGCAACUAAGGUUGUUGUAGAAGCGAGGCCGGAAGACCCUCAAGUAGCUGAAACGAGUUUUCUGCGACUGGACAAACAAAACGAUGAUCGUAGACUUUCCUUGCCUGCAAUGUUAGAACAUUGCUAAAAUAAUAUUGCAUUUAUUUUUUACUAAUUUUGAAUAUAUUUUUAAGAUUUAUCUUCCCUAUUGCAUUUUAGAUUGUUAGAUUUUAGUUUAUUUUUUUCGGUUUUCAAAUAACUCCGUCCAAUGUUCCAAUUCUUCAGUCUCAAACAAUUUAGCUUUCAAGAAUAACGUGCAAAUUAUCGUGACUCCUGGUAGAAAGUUAGUUUUCUGAAAAUACAGAUUCGUCAUGAAAGAAACCGAAAUUAAAAAAAAUUGACUUUC